AUGGUUGCUGGACUAAAGAAGAUGGGAUGGGUGAUGAAUGAAGUUGGACGACUAUACUCACCGGUACCAAACUUACAAAGGCAAGCAAGAGAAGACAUCCGAGUGGACGACGUGGUAAUACCCGCCGGUACCAACGUGUGGAUCGACGUUGUAUCCAUGCACCACGAUGGAGCUCUUUGGGGCGACGACGUAAAUGAGUUCAGGCCAGAGAGGUUCAAGGAUGAUCAGUUAUACGGUGGAUGCAACCACAAGAUGGGGUUUCUACCUUUUGGGUUUGGAGGGAGGUUGUGUAUUGGCAAAAACUUGGCCACCUUGGAGUAUAAGAUCGUGUUAACCCUCAUUCUCACUAGGUUUUCAUUCUCUCUCUCCAAACUACUGCCAUUCUCCCUCCACCAUGCUAUCCCUCAGGCCUUCUCAAGGGCUGCCUCUAAUAUUUCAACUUCUUAG